AUUCGCAUUAACGUAUGCGACUCUAUCCAAGUAAGCUUAGAGGAGCGAAAAAAACAGUCAUAAAUGUCGGGACUAUUUUGGUGCCUACUUUUAAGCUGGUUUGGAACAAUGUCAGCUCAGUGUAUCAGCAGUACAGCUUUGAUGUUUGAGAAUAAAUGCUACGAGAUAGUCAAUACGCCAAAGACAUGGCAGGAUGCGAAGAAAUUUUGCGCCAACUUUACUGCAGGCAGGUCUCUGGCAAAAGUUUUGACUACCUCUGAAAUGCUUUUCUUAAGUAAUCAAAUGCAUGGAUAUGGCAACAAAUGGAUUGGAGCAAACGACAUUGACGUUGAAGGCUCGUGGGUGUGGGACGAUAAUACUCCGGCUAAUCUGACUUCUUUGUGGAAUAGUGGUGAACCGAACAGUUUCGCUGGUAAAAAUGAAGAUUGUGUUGAAUUAAACACAGGGAGCGGGUUAAACGACGAGUCCUGUGACUAUUUACAGGCGUUUAUUUGUAUGGAAAAGGCAAAGAAGACUCCUGAAGUGGCCGCUGUAGCAUUUACGGUAGGGCUAUCAAAACCACUGGACGCUGUCGCCAAAGACACUGUUAUUUAUACUGACGUUAUAACUAACACGGGCAACGCUUACAACUCAAGCACUGGCGUAUUUAAAUGUCCGAAGGCGGGUUCAUAUUUCUUUGAAAUCAAUGGAGUUGCAAGCAAUGAAAAAGAACUCAGGCUGUCUCUCAUGAAGAAUAAAAUCCCAGUUGUCUCAGUUGAAGCCAAUGCCAAUCAGCACCAUUCAGCUGCUGGCAAUUCAGCCGUGUUGAUGUUAGAAAAAGGUGACGAGAUUUCUGUACAAGCCACCAGCUGUGGGAGUCUGUACGGUGCUGGCGGUCAGAUCCUCAACACGUUCUCAGGCUUUUUGAUUGCUUAGUCGACAUAAUGACUUAAUACGGCGUUGUCUUUUUUGAUCGUUUAUACUAAGAAACUGUUUUAGGUGCGUCUAUGCAUAUUUAUAUAUAAGAUAAAUUAUAUAGGUUAUAUAGUGUUUUCAUCCAGUUUAAAAAUUUAAGAAAACUUUUGGAAAUCAAUUAAUACAUAGCCCAAAUAGAAAAGAAAAAGAACAUUAAAAAAAACAGAACAUUAAAAAAUAAAUAAAUAAACAGCUAAGAGUGAUGGUGUUUCUAUAAAACAGUUGCUUUUACUAUCACUACCUGACGAA